GAUCAAUUCAAAGGUCACUUGGUAAUACAUACCGGUGACAAACCCAACCACUGUACCUUAUGUGAUUUGUGGUUUAUGCAAGGCAGUGAGCUGAGAAGGCAUCUCAAAGACAUGCACAAUAUUUCAGAACAAAUAGUGACAGAAGAGGUUCUUCCAGUGGAAGCUGUAGAAGCUGAACCAGUAACAUCAAUGACUAUAAUAGAACAACUGGAGCAAGUCCAUGUCCUACCAAUAAUUCAGGUACAAGUGGAUCCUGCACAGGUAACUGUGGAACAGAUGCACCAGGAGGUCAUACAGGACAAUCUAAUAAAAGGCACACAGGUGGAUGAACUGCAAGAACAGGUGCAAAUUAGUUAUUUGGAAGUUGAACAUAUUCAGACUGAGCAAAGUGCUGAAGUUCACGUAGAUCAGUUACAUGUUGAGCAUGUAAAUCAAAUACAGGUGGAAGAUGUACACGCCGAACUUAUAAGUGGAACAGACCUGGAACAAGUAGAAUAUGGAAGUGUUGAUCAAGGAGAAGCAGAAGAAAAGGUAUCUAGUCAUGUAGAUGAUGUGGAUAAGGAAGAUCAUGAACAAGCUGAAGUCUUAAAAACUCAACAGUUAGCAGACACACAGAAUGAAAAGGCAAAUUACUAGGACAACCACACUGUGCAGAUUUAGGAAUGAAAUGCCCAAUUAUUUUUGUUAUCUUUUACAUUGAUUUUUGAACUCUCAGUGGUCACAUUUCCAAUAUGCUGUCCUUUGGACCAAAGUUAUCUUUAUGUACAACUAAACUUCUAUGUGAAAAAUAGCUUACCCGUUCAUGAUAUACUAUGGAACAAAAACUACCAGACA